GCGUUGGGAGUCUUUCUGCUAGGCCCUCUACGUCGUACGGCUGGCGUGAAACGACCCACGGCGUUAUAACAGCUUCCGGCGGAGCCUGGUUGUUGAAGGCUUGUGUAUGACUCGGCGUUGCGCUUGAAGCUGAACGAGCUGAGCCCCGGGGGCAUCCUGAGGAAUUUCGGCAUCUGCUGCGGUAACUUCAUCAGCUCGCCAAGAUGGCGAUGCAAGCUGCCAAGAGGGCGAAUAUUCGCCUUCCACCUGAAGUAAAUCGGAUUUUGUAUAUAAGAAAUUUGCCAUACAAAAUCACAGCUGAAGAAAUGUAUGAUAUAUUUGGGAAAUAUGGACCUAUUCGUCAAAUCAGAGUAGGGAACACACCUGAAACUAGAGGAACAGCUUAUGUGGUCUACGAAGACAUCUUUGAUGCCAAGAAUGCCUGUGAUCACCUAUCAGGAUUCAAUGUUUGUAACAGAUACCUCGUGGUUUUGUACUAUAAUGCCAACAGAGCAUUUCAGAAGAUGGACACAAAAAAGAAGGAGGAACAGCUGAAGCUUCUCAAGGAGAAGUACGGCAUCAACACAGAUCCACCAAAGUAAACAUUGUUUUCUGCACUUUUCAUUUUGAACUGAAACCCAUAAGUGUCCGCCACCACCUUUUCUUUCUUUCUUUCUUUCUUCUUAAAAUUAAUACUGAAUAUUGUGAUAUCUUAUUUGUGAUUUAAAAUGACCUGCUUGGGAAUUUUAUACAUGUUAGAAUAUAUUAUGUUAAUAAACCUACAGCUUUUUGUAAACACUUCAAUGUUUUCUUUUAAACUUGCCCCUCCUGUUUGAUACCAGAUUAAAAAAAAAAACAGUUGAACCAUGUCAAGAAUUGUUUGGUGGGAGGUGGUCCUUGAGACUGAGCCUCCUGAGAGCAGGGACCUUUCCAUAUUUUUAUGCCUCCAGUGUCCAAUCCAGUGCCGAGCCGUCAAAGGAACUUGUUAUAGAGUUAUUUUAUUGAAUGUCUGUUAACAGCUCAUAACAGCUCCAUGAAAUAGGUAUCUCCAUUUUGCAGAUGAGGAAGCCGAAUGGUUGAAUGAGUAAAGUACUCACAUAAAAUGCUGCUGUAACAGCAACCAGUUCUUAGUUACUCGUAUACAUUUGCAUAGUACUUGCUUUACAGUAACACAGCACUCUUGUAAAUAUGGAUACCCUUGUCCUUAGAACAGAGGUCUUGUGCUGGAAGUGGCCAUUCAGAUGACAGCACAUUAUUAGAAAUCUGAGCUCAUGCUGCUUGGGUGGUUAUGUUGGUUGCUGCAUGUCCAAGAUUGUGUUUCUGUAGCCAUUCCCUUCAGCUGUGAGGCGUCCGUGUAUAGUAUGUCUUUGCCAUAAAUAAAAUACUUAAUGCCCAUUCUUACAAGCUCCUGUGGCAUGGUAGUAAUAGGGUUAGAACCACAUUCAUCACAGCUGCCAGCUUGAAGGUAAUCAGCUACAACUUUCUUUUUAUAGUUCAAGCAGGGACCAAAUGGAAGAUGGACUAAUUAUUUUGUGUACAGCUGUAACCCGAAAGAAAUUUGAAGAGUACAUGCGCUGAAUCAUUUAAAUGGACAAUGAGCAUCUGUUCUACCUUUGAGUUUGCUUAGCUUUUAAAUCUAUCAUAACUUUAAGAACACCAUGCUAUUUUGUAUUAUUGUACUGUUUUCUCAAAGCCAACUAUUGAAAAUGAAGAAAUGAUUGUUUUAUUUCUUAUGUCUGAAAGUUUUUUGAAAGCACUAUAAGAAAAUAGAAAGAUUCAUUUCUAGAAAGGAUGGGCAGAUGAGAAAGGGGCCACAGCUAUAAUUUUCUUUCAUGUGAGUACUUUUGUGAAUUCUUUAUAAAUUUUUGUAAUGUAUGGUAUUCCUUGAGGUGUUUACAAAAAUAAAAUAAUUUCCUGAAAGA